UUCUCACUAAUUCCAGCUCGUAAAAUCUUAAGUGCCGCUACACAAAAAAAGUAGUUUGCCGUAGCUCUCCGUGAUCCGUUACAUUUUCCGUUAUCACGCUAAAGCUAAAGUCGGCUGUGGACUGCAUGACCGAGGAACAGCUCGGAUUGAACAGAGUGCAGGUGCCCAGUUUCUGUUUUCUUAAUUGGAUACGCUGAGAAUGGAUGAGGAUUCUGUUCUGCCAGGCAUGGAUCGUGUCCAGCAUGAAAGUCUGCUCAUGAAGAGGGAUCUAUGAAGAUAACCCUGCAAGUCUUCAGUCUUCUUUGUCUAUUAGAUCGAACGCAUCAGCAUACAGGAGCUUUAUAGGCUAGACAACAUGUGUCAUGUCAUUGUAACAUGCCGGUCUAUGCUUUGGACCUUGUUGAGCAUCGUGGUGGCGUUUGCUGAGCUGGUGGCCAUCAUGAGUGCUGAUUGGUUAGUAGGGGUACAACACCCAUCUCAGUUCAACGCCUCAGCUCCUGGACCUCCAGACCCUAACCCACCCACGCUCGGCCUCUACAGUCGCUGCAUCCGAGUGUCUCAACAGAAGACGAUUCAGUGCGGACCCUACGCUGCAGACUUUACCGAGAUUGCAAGUGGAUUUUGGCAGGCCUCCAUUAUAUUCCUGGUUGUUGGAAUCUUCCUGCUGUCCAUAGUGGGCUUUCUUGCCGUCUUUAGCAUGUGCUUUCAGAGUAUCCUGGGAAAAAGCAUCUUCAAUGUGUGCGGCCUACUUCAAGGCAUAGCAGGUCUGUUCCUGAUGCUCGGACUGAUGCUCUACCCAGCAGGCUUCGGCUGUGAUAAGGUGGUCAGCUACUGUGGCCCUGAAGCUUCCCCGUAUAAACCGGGUCAGUGUUCAGUGGGCUGGGCUCUCUACACAGCAAUAGGAGGGACGGUGCUCACUUUCGUCUGCGCCAUGUUCUCUGCCCAAGCCGAGAUCGCCACCUCCGGCGACAAGGUUCAAGAUGAGAUAGAUGAAGGCAGGACUCUCAUCUGUGUGCUGUGAAACAUUUAGCUAGAAGACUAACAUCUCUCUCAGAGUCACGAGCCGAACGUUUUCGAGUUGUUUUUCUGUCGCCGCUCGGCAGGGCUCAUUGAUGUUACACGGUGCUCUCUUUUUGAUUGAUCGACUCUAGAAGAGAUGCAGCCCGAUGAUGAUGAUGAUGAUGACGGUGGUAAUGAUAGUAAUAACACCCUUUAAUCCAAAAUUCUUUAGUUUUUUGUGCCAAAUUCAAAACAUGCACAGUUAGUUAUCCAAAGUAGUAUUUUGAAAAUGUAAUAUCUUGAUAAUAUUGUAAAACGUAUUAAGGGUUAGAAAGUUAGGCUAUGAGAUAAGAAGUACGAAUAUAAAUCGAUGCCUAGUGUGUAUAUCCUACUUAUUAGGGACGUAAAUUUUACCGAAAUCGUUUGCCUUAGAAACAUAUCGAGGAGCAUUAUCUGAGGUGAAGCUACAAAUUUUUGGCCUUCAAAACCUCUGCAUCAAAGAAACCAAAGUGAAGUUUCUGUGGCCUUUGAAUUCCAUUUGUUCCUCUUUAUGUACUUGUAUUUAGCCCAGAUUAUCCACUUCGAGCUCAAGGAGGCAUUAAUAUUUUUGUGCUGAUUGUAUCCCACAGUGCUAGAAACAGAUAUAAAGCUCUCUGUUCAUUAAGGUACAAAAGACAUGAAUGCAACAUCUGUGAUGCAAUAUGUGAGCCCAUUUCUUCUUCUUCUUCUUCUUAUUUUUUUAAAGGUAUGCAAUCAUUUCUGAGGUUGUUGUAGAGGGCAGGUAUAAAGCUCCAGGGACAAACUGUGUGUCUUUAGAGUAGGUCAAAAAUCAUUUAUUUUUAGCUUCAACUAUAGUUAGUUCUUUGUAGUUGUGAUGGCAACAGGCUACAUUUUUUUUUUUUUUUUUUUUGCAUUUAAUACUUACUGUUCUUUCUUUCUCGCUUUCUCUCACCCACACACACACGUUUAUCUAACAGUUUUGUGCAGGAGUUCAUUGGAAGUGGUUUCAUUUAACUUUUGCUGCCUUUAUUUUUUUUUCUUUCAUGUAUUUGUUAUAUUAACAAAAAUAUUUUGUAUAUUUUUAUAUCUGUUGCUGUGCUUUUAGUGAGCAGUAUGAAUUAAAAUUUUAG